AUGGGUAUGGGAGACCCAUAUGUGCCAGCUGAUCACCUCUCUCCCUCAUCGAUCGUCGAGAAAUACAUACUCGAUGGAAGUGAUGGAGUGAUCAAGUUCGCAAAUGGCAACAAUGUGAGUCUCUCCCUUGCUUUGGAAUCGCAAACCAGGGAGCGCGAUAGUGCACGUAUCCACACCACCACCAUCAGCGACUACAAAGGAGAUGUGCGUACCUUAAGAGGACGUUUCCUGGCUGUUCAAGGUGAUCUUAUAGCCUUCCGCUUCUUCAACGAAAACACGGGUGAUGUGAUUCGCAUAAUAAACAGAGUGUCACGAAACCGCCGACUUAUCAAGGGCUUUUCGAAAGCUCCAGUGGAUCUUCGCUUUGCUACUCAUCUCCCACUACUAGCUGUUGUGGAUGGCGAGUCGAAUCUUCAUGUCUAUUCAGUUGCAGCUGAUUGCCAAGAUGUUGAGACCUACAUGAAUAUUAUGAACUGGCCUGGUGGGACCUCGGAUAGUACGCCUCGUGUUGUUUGGUGUCCGUAUGUAGCUGAAAAUCCCUCGGAUCCUUUAGACGUAGUUAAUAUGGUCGCUGUAUUUAAGAAAAACAAGGUUUAUGUCGUGAAUCUGAGCAUUCUAAAAGAACGUGGUUCAAGAAUGACAUUUGAAGAGGCAGUAGCCGUCGAGGAAGCUGUCCUUUCUGUCGAAAUGGAAGAGGAGGUAACUGCUGUUUGUAUCUCUCCUGAUUCAACUGCAGUGGCGAUUGCUCGAGCUGAUGGCGUUGUUUCGUUCUACGUGAUGAACUCGAACGAAAGCGAAUUGAAGUUUGCGCACACGUGGAAUCCUCAGAUGAAUAGACCAAUUGUGGAGCUAUUUUUCUUGGAUGGGGCUCGCCAUACCAAAAACCAGGAGCAGUUCUGGCGCCACUGUCUCGUUGUCGCUGAGGGUGGUAGGCGAUUGGCAUUGUUCGAAUGUGAGGAUUGGCGCUGCUUAGGUCGUGUUCGAUUUGAAUCAUCUGUUGAAAUUGCCACAUUCACCGUUCAUGUGGAUCCCCAGGCUCGCUACGCCCAUAUCCUCGAUGUGGAUGGAUCGAAUGUGUUUUGCGUGGAGUUGGAAUACGCCGAGCACCCACGUUUUGCUGGAGUCACCCAAGUAACUUUUUCCCAUCCAAUCGUAGCUAUCGUUCCAUAUGAAGUCGAUACGGAGGAAAAACAUGACUCAAGUGUUGACUAUUCCUUGGAUGACGAGUUCGACAAUGAACGAAAUCGCAACGAAGUGCUGGCUCACUACAUUGCGAUCGGUCACCGCAGCCUGCUUCAGCUUGAUGUUCACCUGGAACUCGUUGAGCAGUUGAAACCAAGUGCAGAUGUUAUGGCUGCAAUCAAAACUGAAGUCGAUAAGGAUGGCGCUGAGAGAAAGAACGAAGGUUCAAGUGAUCUACUAACAGUGGCGCCAUCUGCACCUGCAAACUCUUCACCAUCGUUUAAUUAUGAGAAAAUAAUGGAACAACUAAAGGAGAUGAGUGAGAAGAUUGAGCAGUUGUCUGUACGCGUUGAGCGUGCUGAUAACGAGAGACGUCCCGCUGCAACGAAUGAACACAUUCUCUCUCAACUUCAGUGUUUCAAGGAAGAGUUCUCCUUGCGCGAAGAUCGAUUACUCGCUAAUGUGUCUGAUUUAAUUGAGACAAAUCAUCGCGAGACUAUAAAUGUUGUACGAAAUGCUCUCAACGAAAACUCUGUUGCUGUCGAGAACUCUAUACAAGCAAAUCAUAAGUUAAGUGCUGAUGCUGUUUCACAUCGUGUUACUGAACGGUUACGUGAAUCACUGACAACUAUGGUCGUACCUGCUGUAGAGCGGAUUUGCUCGCAACUUUUCAAGCAGCUGAAUGAUAGUUUCCGCCACGGACUCGACCAGUACCUGCAACAGAUGAGGGCGUUACAAACGGCUACUCUGGCUGCUGUAGCAGCGAGCGCCACUCCUGCCCCUCCAUUAUCGGUUGGAGCUGACCGCCAAGCUCUCGCUCUCAUGAUCAAGAACAAUCAAGUUCCGUUGGCAUUUGAAACGGCCCUAAAUCAAGGAGAUCAAGCAGCACUAGAGUUUGUUUGUAACAAUGUCGAUCCCGACGACCUUUUUCGCUAUCCAUGCACACUUUCUCAGCCGGUGCUGCUUUCAUUGCUGCAACAGCUCUCCCUGCGUCUUGACUCGGAUACCGAUUUGAAAUUCAGAUACAUGGAACAUAUAGUAGAUGUGCUCCAACCACAUGAUGACGAUAUUGGAGUUAUGGUGCCUAAAGUAACUGAAGGUCUGAUGCAAAGCCUAACUGAGUUCCAAAAUUUAACUCCAAAUGCUACGUUGAAACGUCAAGCUCGGGUUUUGAGCCAAUUGGCCUUUCUUUCUCUCUGCAAAUCCUUGCGAGCUCGGAGGCAAAUCCUUGGUUGCCUGCGGCUCGUGCUGCUCAUCAGCUCAAAAGUUCUUGGGGAUCAACGCCAUUUGGUGCUUUUGAAACUUUCAGGUCCAGUUGUGAAGUUGUUAACGAGCCUGUCGUAUUUCUCGUCGAUGUUGUUCAACGUGGAAUCUUCCCAAAAGUCGGCUAGCGUAGCGAAGAGAUCCCGGUUAAUGAUAGCUCUAGGACUCCGCUCUCUGAACUUCGUCCACUUCUCCCCGUGUGAAGGAAAUUCUUCCUCGGAGGAAGAAGAUGGUCCAGUCCUGCGUAGAACUUUGGGCAAUAGCGAAUUGCGAGUCCCCAUGGAAAGUCUUAGUCGUCAUGAUAAACUCGGACAGCCUCUUCCCCUGUUCGUUCCAUUGUCUGUUAUGGGUACCGAUGUGAAGUUCCUCAGGCGUUCUUCUAGGGCUAAUCUUGGCGUUAAAAUCACCAGCAGUGACUAUUUGAUGGUCAGAUGGUCUUCUCUGUAG